AUGUUGGCCCUCAGUAUUGUCUUGUAUGCCUUAUUAGGCACCUCCCUAGUCUUUGCAAUCAUCGAGCUGGGUCUCUCGGCUUUCAUUGCGGCCGCAUAUUCUGGCACGCAAGAAAUCGCAACCUGGAGUGCAUAUUCGGGCUAUUCAUACGGUCAAGUCAAUGUGAAACCUCCGGCUAUCCUCGUCUUCCUGGUCUUCUCUUCGGUUUGGACUAUCCUGGUAACAGUCGCCGCCCUAGUGCUGCCCUGGUACUAUACCCGUAAGGGCUUCGUGAGCGCAAAGCUCAACACUGUCCUCGCCGCUGCCUUUGUGGCCAUUUACUUCGUCACUAUGGUAUUCUGGCUGGCAUGCUUUGCUGACCUCGCCAGUCUCCUUGGUGGCGGCACUAGUACAAAUCCCUACUACAAUGCCGUACUUGCCUUUGGUGUGCUCCUUUGGUUACUCUUUGUUGCCCUCGUCGUAUUCACCAUUCUUGCCAUGUGUGGUGUGUUGGUGUCUGACUGGGCUGGGUACCAGUCACUCAGGAAGGAGAACGGAGUUGGCGCACAACAGACUACUGCUGGCCCUGCUCACGAAGUGCCGAUGACCGAACAGCCGAUCGCUUAG